AUGGCGCUGGGUCCAGGCGUCAUUGCCCAGAGGAUUUUGUACACGAUGAACACUAAUUUCUGUUUGAAGCGGGAGGCGUAUUACUCGCACCAUCCGAACCUGACUCAGUAUUUUGUCCCGGUGACCGAUGCUGAAUUCCGGGAACGCCUGGAGCGGCACCGAGGAGAGAUCGCCCUCAUGUUGAGAUCCUCGGAGUUCAAUCAAGACAAGACCACCCUGAUUGUGACUAACAACCCGCUCCCUCUGCUCAUUUCCGGACAACACCUGCCCUCACCUUUCCAGUUCUUCCCAAAAGACUUGCUGGGGAAGACUGUAAGCACCCGUGAGCCACACUACCUUCCUCCAGUGAAAGUGCCACCGGAGCAACUCGUGGGUCCAGUAGUAAAACAGCUGCACAAACCAGCUCCAUUCAGGUUUGCCACCCGCAACGAUUUCAAGACCGAAGCUCGGUUUUCAAAGAAUUACGCCGAGAAACGCCUGCAGAGACUGUACCCCAACUUGCGGACUCACAUGAGACCCGACCUGCAGAAGGAGCCACUUCCCUGCAUUCAAGGCUUUGCUUUCCCCUCGGCCCAGUGGGAGCCGCUCACCAUGUCGUGCCUGAUCGAAAUGAGGCCCACCAUGACGGUGGCGGGAGAAGACGGCUUCCGAUACGGGAAGGCCCCGCUCUGGAUCGUGAACAGCUCCGUGGUGCCCAGAAACGGCAAAUAAAAGCCCUGUGCCAGCACAUCCUGGCUUGC